AGGGGUUAGGGGAAUGGUAAACGUGGUUCCAGGUAGCCAAGGGAUGCCGAUUUGCCGAAUUAUGUUGCAGUGUAUCGUUUUCGUCAUGGAGAAGUGGACAUCUCCACAGCGCGCUUUUAUCGUAAAGGCAUUUUACAAAAAUAAUGACUCCUAUGUUAAAGCAAUUCGCGCGUUUCGAAAACAAUUUAAUUUCCAUGGAAAAAGUGCUGUACCUACGCGACCUACGGUGAAAUUAUGGGUCAAGAACUUCGAAGAAACCUCUCAAGCUGGAAAAAAAAAGCCAACCGGGCGAAAACGAUCCGUACGAACAGCAGAAACAGUCGAACGAGUAAGGCAUUCUGUACAGAUUAGUCCCACCCAAUCUUAUCGAAAACGAGCCGCACAUUUGGGAAUUAAACGAUCUUCUAUGCAACAAAUUUUAUCGAAAGACCUUAACUUUCAUCCAUAUAAAAUUUUAAUUACCCAGAAGUUGGAAGAAACUGAUUAUGAUGCCAGAAAAUCGUUUGCUGCGGAUAUGCUCGAGAGGAUUGAUUCUGGUGAGGUUCCCUUGAAAUCUUUACUCGUUACAGACGAAGCACAUUUUUACAUAAACGGCGAUGUAAACAAGCAGAACAUGCAGUACUGGUCUGACAACAACCCGAUGAGCGUACAAGAGAAACCCCUUCACUCCGCCAAGUUGACUGUCUGGAUGGGCGUGGCUGAGUACGGUUUAGUGGGGCCGUAUGUUUUCGAUGGAACAGUGAACGGAGACCGGUAUCGCGCGAUGUUAUCCGAGUUUCUUAUUCCCGAACUGAAGCGAAAACGAAAAUAUUCGGCCACCUGGUUCCAACAGGACGGUGCAACGUGUCACUCAGCUGAUAAAACGAUUACAUUGCUUCGUGAACAUUUCCAUGACCGAAUAAUCUCGCGCAAUACCAAAAUUCCCUGGCCGCCACGCUCACCAGAUUUGUCCGCUUGCGAUUAUUUUUUAUGGGGUUAUCUCAAAUCCAAAGUCUAUGUCAACAAACCACAGACCCUAACUGACCUCCAGAACAAUAUUAUCCAUGAAUGUGCCCUCAUAAGUCAAGGAAUGUUGGCAAAAGUGUUCAAUAAUUUUAGAAAACGUCUGGAGGAAUGUGUGGAAAAUGAUGGAAAACAUCUCAACUGCGUUAUUUUUAAAAAGUGAUUUGAAAAGUUUAAUCGAAUAUAAGGUUUGUAACUGGCA